UUCACACUUACCAGGGUUAUAUGCAUUAAUAAGCCCCCUCUAACCCAAUUUUCCAGCCAAGUUCAUUUUCCCGGAAAAUUUAUAUUGGUUUCCCGACCAAACCGCGUCUAGUUUGUUGACUUUUCAGUACUAGAAGUUAGCCAUGGCCGCUCCUGGUUCGGGUCAGAAAUCAGAAGAAGAAUGGCGAGCUAUUCUCUCUCCGGAGCAGUUUCGGAUCCUACGCCAGAAAGGAACAGAGCUGAAAGGCACCGGGGAAUAUGACAAGUUCUUUGGUGAAGGGAUCUAUAAUUGUGCAGGUUGUGGGACGCCACUUUAUAAAUCUACAACCAAAUUUAACUCCGGUUGCGGUUGGCCUGCUUUCUUCGAGGGUCUUCCUGGAGCCAUUAAUCGCAAUCCGGACCCGGAUGGGAGGAGAACUGAAAUUACAUGCGCAGCCUGCGGUGGGCAUCUGGGCCAUGUUUUUAAAGGUGAAGGGUUUCAGACUCCCACCGAUGAACGCCAUUGUGUCAACAGUGUCUCGGUCAAGUUUAUAACUGAGAAUUCCCCUGCUUCCCUGUAACAAUUUCUUUGAAGGUUGUAAUGUAAGAGCAAGCUUCUUCUGUAUUACUGGUUAUGUUAAUAAUUAUGUUCAAUGAAUGCUAGUUGGCUUGCUCUGAGAAAUGGUUUUGGAAAUUUAUGUUAAUAAAAACUUUUUUUUUUCGGUUGUUAA